AUGUUGGAAUUCGGUGGGCGCAACAGGAGAGUUAUCGACAAUAUUGAACAGCCACCCGCAGCCUACCGAACGCCCCUUCGGAAGCCUGCCUGGAAGACGCACGAUCCGAAGUGCCCGUACUCUGAAGCCAUUCAAUCCCGCAAGACAUUACACAAACACAAACGGCAUCUCGUCUCGGGAUUUUACGGUUUCCCUGCAACCCGAUAUGAUUGCACGGCAAGACUAAAGAUUGACGACUGUGAUGUUUUUUCUGGGUGUGAGGGAUGUUACCAGUCGAGUGGAAAGCCAGGUCUCAAGCGAACCCUUCUUGUCCACCACGAAACCAUGGAAUGCUUCUUGCUACCGGUAGUUUUCUCCGCGGGCCGAGGCACCUCGCUUGCAACCAACAUCUUAAAUUUCCGUCGAAAUCGUCCGAUCGUCGACAGCUUAAAAGCCGCCGCUAUGAUUGUCGUCGGCGCUACCCGUCAGACAAUGCGUCGAUGA